AUCAGCUGAUCCAUUCCAUGUGAUUUUAUCAUAUAUAACCUAUAUAUCGGUGAAAUAAUCGAACGAGAGCGUAUCUUUAUUCAGAUAUUUUUGUUGUUGUUAUUUUUAAAUAAAGGUUAAGAAAGAUUGUAACAAAAGAUAAAUGUAUUUUAGAUAAAAAGAAAAGAAACAACAAGUAUAUCUCAGCUAUGUUCGGUCGUAUAUUUACAUCAAAUUUUCGCAAUAUUUCGUAACCGUUUCAAACGAAAAUGAGGAAGACGACUAAAACGAAAGUGUUUCAGUUACUGUCACGAGUGUGGAAUGGACCAAAUGGUGCGCUUGCAGGGAAGCAGGCGGAACAAAAAAUGAUAUCUUUGUUACGGAACAAGUUUCCUAAAGCUCGACUUAUAGAAGUAACAGACGUUUCUGGUGGCUGCGGUGCUAUGUUUGAAAUAAAUGUUAUUGCGCCGGAAUUCAAGGGUUUAAACACAGUUAAACAGCAUCGAAUUAUAAACGAGGUACUUAAAGAAGAAAUCAAAGAUAUGCAUGGUAUACGAAUAUACACGAGUAUACCGGAUACAUAAAUGGAAGUUAUUCAAGUAGACUUUAUUAAUCUUAACCGGAGGAUAUUUAUUGCCCUUAUAGUUUCUCUCUUUCUAAAUUAUAUAAUAUUUUUGAAACUUUA